UUGUUUUGUCCUCCAGAGCUCAAGCCUGAAGCUUCAGCGAAGCACAGAGCCCCGUUUCCGUCUUCACAGUGUUUGCGUUUUGUCAGCUAAAGGUUAUAGGAAGUAUAGCUGGGGCGCUGUUCUGUGUGAGCUGAAGACAUCUGUGUCUAUGGUCAUGUCUUCUUCCAGGUCCAGCGAGCUCUGAGCUCUGGCUUUUCUAUGAGGUUCGAGUCAUUUCAAAGCAUCAAUGGCUGACAAUGCGGAAGAUCUGGUCAAUAAUGUGUCAACCAAUGGAGCAGAGGUCAACCAGCACACCGAUACCGGGAACCCCACAGGUGCUGCCAGAGGAGAGACUGAGCUCAAUGGCCAGCCUCCCUCUGCUCGGCCCCCACAGGUGGUGACCGACAGCGAGGAAGAGGAGGAUGAGGAGCUGACUCUAAAAUAUGGAGCCAAACACGUCAUCAUGCUCUUCGUCCCGGUCACACUAUGCAUGGUGGUGGUCGUGGCAACUAUCAAGUCAGUCAGCUUCUACACGCAGAAGGAUGGCCAGCAGCUGAUCUACACUCCUUUCCGUGAGGACACUGAUACAGUAGGUCAGCGGGCUCUCAACUCCAUCCUUAAUGCAACCAUCAUGAUCAGUGUGAUAGUGGUGAUGACACUGGUCCUGGUGCUUCUCUACAAGUACCGGUGCUAUAAGGUGAUUCAUGCCUGGUUGUUCCUCUCCUCGCUGCUCCUGCUCUUCUUUUUCUCCUUCAUUUAUCUCGGCGAGGUCUUCAAAACAUACAACGUGGCCAUGGACUACUUCACGCUGGCAGUAAUCAUCUGGAACUUUGGGGUGGUAGGAAUGAUCUGUAUCCAUUGGAAGGGUCCACUGCGCCUGCAGCAGGCUUACCUUAUUAUGAUCAGCGCUCUCAUGGCCCUGGUGUUCAUCAAGUACCUGCCGGAGUGGACCGCCUGGCUCAUCCUGGCUGUCAUCUCUGUCUAUGAUCUGCUGGCUGUGUUGUGCCCUAAAGGACCUCUUCGCAUUCUGGUUGAAACAGCUCAAGAGAGGAAUGAGCCCAUGUUCCCAGGCCUUAUCUAUUCUUCGACUAUGGUGUGGCUUGUUGGUAUGGCAGACAACGUGGAGACCAGGAAUAACUCUUCCCCGCCUGCCCCUCAACAAGAGAGCCACAGUCUCUUGCUGUAUCCUGUAGUUGCCAUGGCCCCAACAGCCCAGCCAGAAGAAGAUGGGGGUUUCACGGCUGAGUGGGUAGGCCAACAGGAGCAGCAGCUGGGCCCAAUGCAGUCUACUGAGGAGAGCAGGCGCGAGAUCCAGCAGAUGGCCUCUGCACGUCCGCCAGCUGUAGAUGACGAAGAAGAGAGGGGUGUGAAGCUGGGUCUUGGAGACUUUAUCUUCUACAGUAUGCUGGUGGGAAAGGCCUCAGCCACAGCCAGCGGUGACUGGAACACAACACUGGCCUGCUUUGUGGCCAUUCUUAUUGGCUUGUGUCUAACCCUCCUGCUCUUAGCCAUCUUUAAGAAGGCCCUCCCAGCUCUGCCCAUCUCCAUUACCUUCGGCCUAAUCUUCUACUUUGCCACAGAUAAUCUUGUGCGCCCAUUUAUGGACCAGCUAGCAAAUCACCAAUUCUACAUAUAGCAGAAGGCAAUGUUCUUUAACCUACGCUCCACGCUCUGGCUGCACCACUGAGGACCCUGACUCUCAGGAGGCAAAGGCACAGCGGCACUCCUCUGGUUCCUUUGUGCUAGAUGCGUGGCUGGACUCUGUUUUUAUUUUUAUUGUUCUGUUUGGAGUGGAGGCCUCCUGCUAUUCAUUCCUUACCUCCAAGUGUGAUUUCAUUGAAAGAUCUUUGUAAUUGGAUUGCCCUUCCAAUGUUCCAACAGAUGAACACUGGCAUUUAUGUUAUGUAGGAAUCAUUUGAGGUGAAAAUCAUGAAAAGUGGAGAAUUUUAAUAACUCGGCAAACCUCGAUUCAUCACCAAAAUGUCACAUUUACUGUUUAAGGCUUUUAACUUGUGUCAGUGAACUGUUUUAUAACUGGAUGAGGAAAACCUGCAUUACUUAUUUCUGUGUGAUGAACUCUCCUGCACUGAAUGGAUCUACUCUAGGCAUUCUGAAAGUUCCCGAUUAAAUAUACAAUGCAUUAAAUUAGCGACCUGUUAUUUGUAACUGACUUUGACUGAAUGGUUGGAACUGAAUAAGGUGGUAUUUGUUUUUUGAAUAUAUAUAUA